UAACCAUCGCACUCGGAUCGCACUGUGUAAUAGUGUUUAUUUUAACUAAAAAUUGUUAAUAAUUACAAUAUAUUUCUGUUUUUUUUUAAUUUAAAAAUAAUUGUGUAAAUUAAUUACAAUAGAGAGAAAAUAACUAUCUAUAGAGAAAGUUUAUUAUUUACGGGUCCAAAGUCCACCAAGAGAUUUAGCUCGAGUUAACAAUUAAAAUUCUUUAUCUGCAAAACAUAAACAUUACGUUUAAGUUCAUAAUAAAAGGAUCAUGUCUAGGAUUAUAUUAAAGCAGAUCAGCUACCGUCGCUUGACGCAAUCCAAUGCCAUUGGCCCUGUAGGGCUUCUCACCCUUGUAUCCAAUGGAGGCGCUAUUACGGAUAAAAGGAUGUUUUCUAUUUCAAGUAAGCCCUCCACACAAACAAAAACGUUCUCAAGUAGAAGAUCUUUUAACCAAGUAAGACAUGGGAGCGUAGGAGUGGUAAAGUCACCAUUUGGUGCUUGUGGACCAAUUCCCAACGAACACGUUACUCAGCAUAUUUAUAGAAAUGUUGAUCAAUGGAUGGAAGAUCCGGCAGCAACGUGUGCAGUUUCUGGCCGAAGCUAUACUUUCGGAAUGUUAAGAAUGCUCGUUAACAGAUGCGCUCAAGCUUUAUUAGGCCAUUGCGGACUUAAACCUGGAGAAGUGGUGGCAUUACUCUUACCGAACAUUCCAGAAUUUAUCAUUGUUGCUCACGGAGCUAUGGAAGCUGGGCUCACUGUGACUUUUGUUAACCCAUUAUAUACGCCAGAUGAAAUUAAACGACAAUUUGAAAAUGCUGGUGUAAAAAUGAUUGUGACAAUCCCGCUGCUAUUGGAAAUAGCCACUACUAUCGGACCAGCUUUACAGGGAUACAGAUCAACAAUCUGUAUUGGCGGCGAUGACGAUCCUUCUAAGAACGUUCACGGAUUAAUGAGCCUCCUAUCAGAAGGAUAUGAAGCCGAUUUGCCAGACAUUCAUCCUGACCAACUGGCGUUACUUCCUUAUUCCAGUGGCACGACCGGAUUGCCUAAAGGGGUUAUGUUGUCUCAUAAGAAUAUCGUAGCCAACAUGGUCCAAAGUGAUCAUGACGCUCUUAUAGGAAAUAUUGCUACCAAAGAUGGUCAGAAACACAGCACCCUUACAGUGUUACCAUUUUUCCACAUCUACGGUUUUAAUGGUAUUAUGAAUAUUUGCCUUAGGUUAGGAAGUCACUUGAUAUCUAUCCCUAGGUUUACUCCUGAGGACUACCUAAAGGCCCUAGAAACCUAUAAACCAACCUAUCUUUUCGUUGUUCCAUCUCUACUUUUAUUCUUAGCGUCACAUCCUGAAGUGAAGAAAGAGCAUUUAGCAUCAGUAGAAGAAAUCACAUCUGGAGCUGCACCCUUAACAGAAGGAUUAUUACAGAAGUUUAGACAGAAAUUUGAUAAUCCAAAUCUGAUGGUUAGACAAGGAUAUGGUAUGACAGAAACUAGUCCUGUUACAUUUAUCAUGCCCAAAAUGACCCCACCUUCUAAAAUUGGCACCAUCGGUAUUUUAUAUCCAGGCACUGAAGCUAGGGUAAUCAGUCUUUCAACUGGUGAAAAUUUGGGAACACAUCAAACUGGGGAAUUGCUCGUGAGAGGUCCACAGGUUAUGAUGGGCUAUCUCAACAAUGAAAAAGCGACCAGAGAAACUAUUGACGAAGAUGGUUGGCUACACACUGGCGAUGUCGUAUAUUAUGACGAAGACCACUAUUUCUAUAUUGUCGAUCGGUGCAAGGAACUUAUUAAAGUGAAAGGAAAUCAGGUUUCACCAACAGAACUAGAAAAUCUCAUUCUAGAAAUAGAAGGCAUAAUAGACGCUGCAGUGGUAGGUGUACCAGACGAAUUGGCUGGUGAAGUACCCAGAGCGUACGUUGUUGCAAAACCAGGUCAAAACUUAAACGAAGACGAUAUUAAGAAAUUCGUAAGCUCAAAGGUGACUCAUUAUAAAAAAUUGGCUGGUGGAGUUAAAUUUAUUCAAGCUAUUCCAAGAAAUCCUAGCGGAAAAAUCUUUAGGAACGAACUGAAGAUUCAAAAUCCCUAAGGUUUUUAUGGAAGGACUGAUUUUUUUCUAUUGAUAAGUUAGUUCUUAAUUAAGGCAUUAAAUGUAAAAAUGUAAAAUAUACAUACCAGGGAGGAUAAUGUAUUUAUUAAUGUUCUGUAUAGAAUUUAAGUCUAUUUAAUGUUUAAGGUUUUUGUAGCUAUAUAAUAGGUCUGAUGUGUAGUUUUAUUUUAUAACUUGUAAAUAGGUAAAUAAGUGUGUUUUACAUAUCAACAAUAUUUUUUAAAAUAUAGUUUUAAAAUGAAAAA